UAGCGGAUUGAAUUGAUUAUUAUAAUUGUAAAAGUGUAAUGCAGAUACUGCAGUAAGUGCAUUUUGAUUUUUAGAUAUCAUAAUUAAUAAUUUAGCAAUAUUACUACGGAUGUCACCCCAGUGUUGGACAUAGAUAUGGCGCCCGUGAAACAUUAUCGUCCGGAACAAAUGCUGAAAGCCAUUGAAGCUGUAAAAAAAGGAUCUAACGUGUUACGUGCUGCGAAGAAGUAUGGCGUGCCUCGAAUUACACUUCGGAACAAAAUUACUGGAAUAAGUCCAAUGGUAUGCGGUAUGGGCCCACCUUCGAUACUCAAAAAGGAACAAGAAGAAAUGUUUGUAAAAUGGUUGAAUGAUAUGUCAGACAGGCACUGCCUUGUCGGAAAAGAACAUUUGUUAGACAGUGUACAACAGUUCGUUAUAGAUGAAAAAAUCGUUAACCCAUUUACAAAUGAUCGUCCCGGGAAGAAAUGGUUCUAUUCAUUUUUAAAACGCCAUCCAGGAAUAUCGGAAAGAUUGUCGACAAAUUUUCUUAAAAGCAGUGAGAUUAUUAGUCAAGAAAAAGUCGAAAACUGGUUUGAAAAUACUUAUGAUUGCUUGGUAAAAAAUAAUUUGCAAGAUAUAAUAAGGGAUCCCUGUCGCAUUUUUACUUCGGAUGAAGCAGCUUUUUAUCUAAAUCCAAAACCAAAACGCGUGCUUGUCAAGCGUAGUGUAUCAAAUAUAUUUUCAACUGUAGGGACUAAGAAGGAAAAUCCAAGAGUUUUUCUAACAGCAAACGCCGCAGGACAGCUGGCUCCACCCAUGGUCAUGUUUGCUGACCAUCCAGUCUCACCCAACAUUUACGAUAGUAUGCCAGAAGGAUGGGGCGUAGGAAUGACUAAAACUGGCUGGAUGUGUGGCACCACCUUUUACGAGUACAUGACAAACAUCUUCCAUCCAUGGUUAAUAGAAAAUGAUAUCGAAUUGCCAGUAAUCUAUUUCCUAGACGGAGAUGCAAAUCAUUUGACACUACAACUAUCAGAGUUUUGUUCUAAAAAUGAAAUAGAACUAUUAUCCUUGUACCCAAACAACACUGAGAUUGCAAAACCAAUGGAUGUUGCGUUAUUUAGGCCACUUAGAGCUUUUUGGAAAAAAGAAUGCACUGUUUGGAAAAAAGCAAACUAUGAUAAUACAAUCAAAAAAGAAAAUUUCGGAACAAUUCUGGCAAAAGCUUUAAAAGACGUUACACCGGCUUGUAUACGAAAUGGUUUCAAAGUUGGUGGAUUAUAUCCAUUUGCCUUUAAAGACUCAGAACCCACCAAAGCUGAUACUGAUGACAUAUAUUUUUUGAAUACUUUGGAGAAAGAAAUAGUAGUUACCUGUACACAAGAAAAAUUACAAUUAUUCAAUGCACUUUAUACCAACAAAAAUAAAAGUGCAAAUAUACCUAGAGAAGAUGGAACGCUGUACAAAAUUUGGUCUAAAUAUAAAGAUAAAUGUAAGGACGUUACCCAAACACCUGUGAGAACGGUUGAUUCUUCGUCCUAUGCUAACUCUGAAUAUAAGUUUACAGACGAUAUUCAAAGAACUUUUAAGACUAGUCGAUUAUCUGAUAUUGAAAACGAUUCCGAAGCAAACAGUGAAGACGGCGAAAAAAGAAGAUAUUUAAGUUUAAGCGAAGAUGAAGAUGAAGUGAUGCCACCAAAAUUGAUUACACCCACGUUUGAAACUAACCUGGACCCAUUAAAAAUUACAAGACUUAGGGUAAAAGAGGAACAAAAGUGUAUAAAUACUAAAAACCUCACACCACGUACAAUCAGAGAAUUGCGAGAGAAAAAUAAACAAAUAAAAGAACAAAGUAUAAACCCAGUAACUUUAAGACAUAAAAGAAAAAGUGAACUGAAGAUGCAAGUUAUACGUAAUGCUAGACCAAAGAGACCUAUUGAAAAAGGAACACAAACAUUAUAUAAUAUAACUAAAACAGAUUAUAACGAUGACUGUGGUGUCUAUAUCAAAGAAGAAAAGGAAAGCAUUGAAAAUGGAAAUGUAGGUGAAACACUUGAUGAAAAAUUACUUCCCACAGAUAUAAUUAAAAAAGAAAUAGAAGACGACAGUGUGAUUAUUUACGUUACUGAUGACGAUGUAAAUAUUUUGUACUAUUAAAUUGUUUGUUACUA